GUUCCUUUGCUCUUGCGUGUAGCUUACUGGCACAAGGUUAAUUUGUCUUUUGUUUUGUAAUUUAAAUUCGUUCCCUCAGUAAAUACCGAAAGUUAGGGUCAACAAUGAAUUACAAAUUGAGUAAUCAUAAUCGGGGGGUGGAUCAAGGCGAUUUCGACAAUACAAUAUUGACUGAUAGUGAUAAUCAGUAAACAUCUGUUACUCAAUUUAGUACAUGUUUUAAAAAUAGAAAUUGUGCGACAAAAAAUAAAACGUUCUGUGCAACUGUAAAUCUUUUAGUAUACGAUUUGGCACGCACAAUGGAACAUCACGAGGACGCGGGUCAUUCAUAUGUCUCGGUCGAAUUUGAAGUGUUCGGAAAAGUACAAGGUGUAUACUUCACUAAAUACUGUAGAGAUCAAUGUGCAGAACUCGGCAUUGUUGGAUGGGUUAAAAACAGUAAACGCGGUACAAUUAUGGGCAAAAUGCAAGGACCGAAAGCACAUGUGGAGGCAAUGAUCGCAUGGUUGUCCAAUGAAGGAAGUCCAGGAAGUAAAGUCGAGCGUUGUGAUCUCAUGAAUUUUGAAUACUUAGCAAGAAAAGAGUUUAAUGGUUUUAGUAUACGGUUUUGAUCAAAUUUUUUUUUUUUCAAAACAUUUACAAGACUUCUCUUAAAAUAUUGUUUAAGGGAGUAGAAUGUAAAUAAAAUAAUAAGAAAUGUAAAUAUUGUUAAUGAUGUUUUUUUUUUACAGUUAUUUAUUACUUUUAAGUCGAUAUUAGCUCGAGUGACAAAUACAUAAUAUAAUAUUUAACUUAACAAUAAUAUUUUAUAUGUAAAAUCAAAUUGCAAAAUUAUUAUAUAUUAGAAAAAUCGAUAAAAUAUAAACUAUUGGUAAAACAAAUGUCUAUGCUCUAUACAAAAAAAUGUACUACAUAAUAAAAGAAAAUACACAACUUAGUUCUAGAGAAUUCAUAUUUUUAAAUAUUUACAAAAUUUGUUUUAUUCGCUAACUUGCGUUUAAUACGCAAUAUGUACAAAAUUAGUAGAUACAUAUAAAAGUCAUACCAAUACAUACAGUUUAUAAAUAUUAUACCAUUUUUAAUAUUUUAAUUUGAUACAAAAGUAUUGCGUUAUAAUUGAUUGAAAGCUUA